AUGGAAAUGCACCCACAUAAGUCCAUGCCCCAAAGCUCCUAUGAAUCACACGAACCAGCUCUUCCCACCACAGUCUUUGGUCUUGGCAGUGAAAAAACAAAAGGUGAAUGUAACAGGGAAGCUGGGAAGGAUAAAAAAGAGCUCCCUCUUCCUGCAGUAAAUGAAGAAACAAAACCAAGGAACACAUGCUUGCUUCCAAAGACCCCUCCAGGGCUGUACCUCCAAGCCUCGCCUUCCCAGACGAGUGUGAGUCCGUUCGCGUCCGCGCGGGGCGAAGGCGCGGGGCUCCGUCCCCCUGCCCCAGCCCGGGUGCCGCCGCAGCCGCCGGGCUCAGCAGCCGCUGCCUCCGCCUGGGCCGCCUCCUCUUCCCAUGGCUGCGCGGGCGAGUUCGGCCGCUCCGGGGCUGUCAGCGCCGGGAGGAGGGAGGGGCGGGGACAGGACGAUUGGAGGGAGGGGAAGGGUGGGAAAGGCGGCCGCGUUCACCGGGGUUCACCUCGGGCCAGGCCCGCAGCUCCCCGGGUUCUGGCUACCGAGGCGGAGGGAAGAGGGGAUUGGGGCCGCCGCCUCCAGGGGGCCGCUGCUGGGAGGUGCAGAGCGGCCGGGCCACGCAUUCCGAGCCCGGGGAUGGAGCCUUCCCCGGAGCAGCUGGAGUUGGUGCGUGGCGCUCGCAUCCGGACUGCGCGGCUCCUCCUAGAGGAAAAUAUUGGUAUUUGCGGAGCACUUCUGUCUGCUCUUGCUCCCAAAAGAAGGCAAGACCUAAAGGAGUGUUAA